AAGGCCACACAAAAGCCGGCCACAACAAAUCCUGGUUAAAAGAGUCAAAUAACUAAAAAAUGUAUUUAUUAUCAAAAUAACUCUUUCGUUCAAACACCAUUCCUAACCAAACUCUAACCUCUAGCCAAGUUAGAAUAUUCAAACAGGCCCAUGUCUUCGGUCGGUCGAUCGCCACGUCCAAUCCCCGACCAAACCCCACUGCAUAUCACUAUUGAUCUUCGUCUCAACUCCCACCCGCCUACAGCGCUCCCGAUGGAUGUGCAACAGCAGAGCACUACGGCCAAAGAAGAGACAUCAUCGGCACUGGCGCCGACCGCCGCCGCCGACGACGACGACGAGGAGCACGAGCAUCCCAGGCUACACAUGCACAACGUGGCUGAGCUCAUCCCGGCGCUGCCGCUGGAGACGCGGUGGCCGCCGUUCGCGCUCCGCCGGUACCGCGGGUACUGGAUGGCCGAGCGAUUCCUGCCGGCGGUCGCCGCCUUCAACGACCACUUCGAGCCGGCCCCUGGCGCCACGGACGUGCUCCUGGCCACCUGCCCCAAGUCCGGUACCACGUGGCUCAAGGCCCUCGCCUUCGCCACCGCGCACCGCGCCGCGCACCCGCCAUCGUCGCUCGACCACCCGCUCCUGCGCAACAACCCGCACGGCUGUGUCAUGUUCCUCGACACCAUCUUCGGCCGCCCCGUCGAAGACGCGCGGGAGGUCCUCGCCGCCUACCCGUCCCCGCCGCGCGUCUUCGGCACGCACUGGGCCUACUCCCAGCUGCCGGAGCGCGUCACCGCCGGAUGCCGCGUCGUGUACCUGUGCCGGGACCCCAAGGACGUGAUGGUGUCCUGGUACUGGUUCAUCCGCAAGUGCUGCGCCCCCGACAUCGCCGGCGACCUCGAUUUCCAGGAGCUCUUCCAGGUGUUCUGCGAGGGCCGCAACGGGUACGGGCCGGCUUGGCGGCACGCCGCCAGGUACUGGGAGGCGAGCGAGAGGCACCCGGACACGGUGCUCUUCCUCAGGUACGAGGAGAUGCUGCGGGACACGGCAGGGAGCGUCCGGAGGCUGGCGGAGUUCAUGAGGUGCCCCUUCACGGCGGCGGAGGAGGAGGCGGGCGUGGUGGGCGCCGUCCUGGAGCUGUGCAGCCUGGAGAAGCUGAGUAACCUGGAGGUGAACAGGAACGGCGCGCCCGCGCUGGCCGUGGCCAACGACGCCUUCUUCCGGAAGGGUGUGGCCGGCGACUGGCGCAACCACAUGACGCCGGAGAUGGCGGCGAGGCUGGAUGGCAUCGUCGAGGACGCCCUGCGUGGCACGGGGUUUUCGUUCGCCGACUCAGGCCAGGCGGCGGAGCACCACGGGGCCGGCGCGGGCGCCGGAGCACCGUAGAUCGUUCGACCACCCUAUAUUUUUUUAAUAACACGAUGGCAUAUAUCAAUGCACGUCGGGUUUCCUUGUAGAUUAAAUCAAGCCAGACUAUAGUGUUCUGUUUUCUGCAGUUUGAGUUGGAUCGGGUGUGAUCUACAGUACUCUAGUACUUAUUAUGUAUUGUUGCCAUAAUGCAAAUGUCUUGAAUUGCUAGUA